AUGCAGGCCACCGCCGCCGACCUACUCGCCGCCCUCUCGUCCCCGUCGCCGUCCUCUCACGUCGGCCUCUACUCCCGCUACGCUGCCUACCUCCAGCCCUUCACCGCGCACUUGCCCACCUCGCGGGGAAGCCCUACGCCGUGCUGCCUCGAGUCGCUCGGUCGCCUCGCGCGCGCCGGGGCGGAGGCGGCCGCCGCACUGGACGCCCUCCGCUCCGCGCUCUCUCCGCCCACGACGACGAGAACCAGGUCACGGCGGCGCGCCGGCCCUGCGAGUGUCGGUUCCGUUAUUCUUCCGGACCCUGGCGUCGUUGGGGAGGCUGGCACGGACCCUGAUGUCGCCGUGCUCGGGGUCGAGCUCACCGUCUGCCUGGCUAAUUGUGCCAGCAAGGGGAAGGUGAGGCAACCCGCCACUUACGAACGUGUUCUCGUCCUCGUUGAGCAGCUCCAGCCAUGGCUUCGGAUUCUGGCUGAACACGUCACCCUGCUUGUCAAUGCAAUGGCCCGGUGCAGCUAUUUCCUUGUUGCCGAGUCUUCGUCAUUCAGUGCUGAUCUGGUGCAUAGAUUCUGUGCCUCUACGUUAGAGCAAUGCGUGAACGCGCAAAUGAUUCAGCAUUUGCUGGCAGCUGCUCGCAAGAUUUGCUCUUGUGUGGAUUUGAGUUGGGGAGGGAGCGCAAGGCUUUUGCUUGAUCUGUUAAAGUGUACCACUGAUUCUGUUAUGUGUUUAAAGAUAAGGGAUAAUGAGUAUUUAUUUUCUGAUGAGCUAUCAUGA